GGCGGGCCUUGCGCCCAGCUGGCGCGUGGUACUACCUGCCGCACGCGGGAUUCCCCAACUGGCCGCGCGGAGGAGAGGAGCUCAAACGAGUGCUGUUUUCCCUCUGAGGGAGAAGAAAGAAGCGGCGGGUGGAAGGAGGGGGAAAAGACCUUGUUUGUUUCCUCCGAAGGAUUUUGAAGAGUGGGGAAAAGGGGAGGCAUUUCUUGCUGUCUUAUCCCACUCUCAGAAAGUUGUGACAUUUGGAGAAAGAGGCGCAAAGAAGGAGGAGGGAAGAGGGGCGUCUCUCCCAUCCCUCCUCUAUUGGGAGAAGUGUCUCCACGAAGAAGGAAGGCAGAAGAAGAAGAAGGGAAGGGAUUGAUUGGCACCUGAGGAGAGAGAGAGAGAGAGAGAGACGGAGGCGAAAGGGAGCAGCACCUGAGGCUGAAGAGAGAGAGUGGGGGGGGGCGCAUCAUGGGGCUGUCAAGGUCCAAGGCGGGCCCCCACCCUGGCCUGAAUUGAGGGUGAGGAAGGGGGGCUUCCCGAGCAGAGCCAUGCCUCUGGGGCUGCGCGGGCUCUGGUGGUGCUUGGCGCUGCUGGGCAAUGGCAUGACCAGCUGGGGCUCCCUUCCCUCGCCCUCGCUGCCCGCCUUGCCCGCCUUUCUGAGGAGCCCCGCGGGCGGGAAAGACCCUCCUCCUCCGCCUCCUUCGGGCUUCCUCUACCGGCGCCUCAAGUCCCACGAGAAGCGGGAGAUGCAGAAGGAGAUCCUUUCCGUGCUGGGCUUGCCUCACCGGCCCCGGCCCUCGCACGGGCUCCCGCCUCCCGAGGAAGAAGGAGGAGAGGCGCCCCUCUUUCGCCUCAAGCCCCACCAGCACCACCACCAAGGGCGCCCCUCGCUCAACUCCGCGCCCCUCUUCAUGCUGGACCUCUACAACGCUCUCUCCACCGAGGAGGAGGCGGCGGAAGGGAAGGCAGAGAGGGCGCCCCCCCUGCCCACAGCCGCCAUCCCCUUCCAGCGCGACAAGGCUCUCCUCAGCCACCCGGGAGCCUCCCCGACCCUGGCCAGCGCGCACGACAGCGCCUUCCUCAGCGACGCCGACAUGGUCAUGAGCUUCGUCAACCUGGUUGAAUAUGACAAGGAGUUCACACCUUUUCAUCGGCACCACAAGGAGUUCAAGUUUAAUUUGUCUAAGAUUCCUGAGGGGGAGACUGUUACUGCUGCAGAGUUCCGAAUCUACAAAGACUGUAUCUUUGGAGGAUUUAAAAACCAAACCUUUCUGAUUACCAUCUAUCAAGUCUUGCAAGAACAUCAGAACAGAGAUUCAGAUCUGUUUAUGCUGGACACCAGAGCAGUAUGGGCCUCAGAAGAAGGCUGGCUGGAGUUUGACAUCACUGCCACCAGUAACAUGUGGGUGAUAAACCCUCAGCACAACUUGGGACUCCAGAUGAGUGUGGUGACCAGGGACGGUCUCAGUAUAAACCCUAGAGAAGCAGGACUAAUAGGUCGAGAUGGCCCUUAUGACAAACAGCCUUUCAUGGUGGCUUUUUUCAAAGUGAGUGAGGUUCAUGUUCGAACAGCUAGGUCAGCCUCCAACAGGCGCAGGGAACAGAGUCGAAACCGCUCCACUCAGCCUCAAGACGUUUCCAGGGUAUCCAGUGUCACAGAUUACAAUAGCAGUGACCUAAAAACCGCUUGCAGAAAGCAUGAACUUUAUGUCAGCUUUCAAGAUUUGGGAUGGCAGGACUGGAUAAUUGCACCCAAGGGCUAUGCAGCAAACUACUGCGAUGGAGAAUGUUCUUUCCCUCUCAAUGCUCAUAUGAAUGCCACCAAUCAUGCCAUUGUACAAACCUUGGUUCAUUUAAUGAAUCCAGAGAACGUUCCUAAGCCAUGUUGUGCCCCUACAAAACUUAAUGCAAUAUCAGUUCUUUACUUCGAUGACAAUUCCAAUGUCAUCUUGAAGAAAUACAGGAAUAUGGUGGUAAGAGCUUGUGGGUGUCACUGACAAGACAUUUUUCUAAAGACAGACAUUGAAAACCAAACUAAACACUUUCCAUCCUGUGCCUCAGAGGGAACAUCUAAUGUUUCUAGAAGAAUGUGCCUUGAGGAAGAACAAAGACAAAAAAGGAACUCCAACGCUAUUUGAGAACUUCGGAAGAGCUCUCACAGUGGUGUCUUUUUGGUCAUGCAAAAAGUUUGCUGGAAUAAACUGUAAAGUGUGGGAUCCUGUUGAUGCAGCAAACCAAAGUCAUUCUACAGUUUGAUCUGUAGUCCCGUUUAGAUACAGGCUUCAAAGCUUGGACAAUGUCACAAGGAAAUGGGCUUUGUGCCGAGAAGGGAAAUGCACUGUUCCAGGUAAUGUUCCAUCCAUAUACAGCUAAACUAAGCAAUCUUUACUUGGCUUCAAAAGCAUGCAAGCUGUAUGUCACAACCUUGAUCAUUAAGGAGCAUAUUUACUGUGUUAAAAUCAAGCUUUGCUCCUGGCUCUUCAGCAACAGGCAUUCACUGUAAUGCGUCCUUACAGCCUAAGUUUCACAAAAGAGAGUAUGAUAACACUAGCAGACUUUCUGGUGUUCUAGACAGAAUUGUCCAUCAGACUAAUGGGCAGCUUUUCAAGGUAAUUAUUAUGCUUACAUUUCAUAGCUGCACCUUGUUAGUUCUGAACUAACUUUUUUAAGUGCUUCCACCAUCACUACUAAGUGCACAUGUGUGCAUAAACACACAUGUAUUCUGGCCCCUUCAAACAAACAGCAAAAAGGUAUGUUGGACUAAACCACUGUAAAAUAUAAAAACCUAACAGACAUAUUUAAGAUACCAGUUUUAAAAACUGAGGAUUCUGAAAAUAUUCUGAUACAUCUUUAGUUAAAAAAAAAAGAGUCUUUCAGCCGCUUAAAACAGGAAAUAAAAUGGACCAGCCUAAGUAUUAAAAGCUUGAUUUCAGAAGAUCAGGUAUCCUAUUGUACUUCUCAACAAUGCAAUACAAAUGAAAAGGGCAAAAUAGGGGGUGGGGGUUCAAAGCUGCAGGAAUUUGUAGGAGAACUGUGUUCAUUGAUGGAUUCAGUGAGUACUUAGCCCUUCUAGUCCCAUUAAACAUUCCUAAUAUACUUGUACCUCCCUUUGCACUUCUCCAUACUUUAUGCAGAACCUUACCUAUCUCGGAAAAUGAAUUUGAAAUGUGUUUGAUGCUUACUUCCAAGAUUUGGCUCCACAUGGGAAUUCUUGGGGGCAAGAAUUCAGAAAAGUGCACUUCUCCUUGACUACUUUGCAUUUUAAAAGGGCUUUUGUAAAUAAAUUAAAAUUAUAAUUUAUUGCAACUGUCAGAAAUAUUAAUUUUGAUGUACUAUGUAACAAGACCAAGGGUUUUUGUAAAAAAGAAGAUAAUUUUAUUCAGAAAUUGCUUGUGUAAACAACUGUACCACUUGAUUUUGUACAGGAAACUCAUGAGUUACAGCUCAAGCCUGUCAUGAGAUUGUGCUUUGUUAGCUUUUUUAAAAAGCCAUCAUGAAUAAAGGAUCCUUUUAAGGCAGAAA